UUAAAUUCCCACUUUAACUGUAAUCUAUUUCAAAUACCCUUAUCGAUUCACUUUGGCUUAACUUCACGCGAUAUAUUUUAGUGUGCUAGGCGUUUCUAAUUCUUCAUUCGUUUAUUUUUCAUCGUCUUCCACAUUUUUAUUUGUUCUAAUUUUAAGAAUGUCUACUCCAUGGGCGAAAAUUCAGCCAGUAGAAGGCCCUGUCAAUUUAUUAGAUAUUACUUCGGAACAACUUGCAAAGAGCUUGCAAGAGAAAGAAUUUAAAAAGAGUCACAUUCAGACAGUAGAUAAUAUAAACAUUGAGAAUUAUACAAUAUGUGACACAAAUGAUACAGAAAAUGAUGAAGUGAUUGCAAAUAUGUUGCAAGAUCAAUUUAACAAAGAAUAUGAUCUAAUAUUAAAACGUACAGAGCAAAAAUUAAAUCGUGAUUCUAAAGUUAAUAUAACUUAUACAAACUAUCGAACUUCUCUAUCUGAGGACCAGGAUGAAAAAGACACAGAUAUUGAAGAUACAACUAGAGAUUUCGAUAGAUUUGUGAGCAUAGAAAAAGAAUAUGCUUCUAUACCACGUUGUGGGUAUAGAAAAAUGGGUGGUAAAGGAUCCCAAAUUGUAACAAAACAUGAUAUGUUAAUGACAUCAAGAAUAAAUGCCUGCAGAGUUUUACAGUUCCCACCGGGUAUUCAUACAGGGGACACAGGAGGAUUUGAUGUCAAAUUAAACAAUAAAGUGUUCAAUAGUUUAAGAGCUCAUAGUCAUGCUCAGUAUUCAAGACAGAAAGCAAAAGCACGACCACAUACAAAAUAAACUAACUAUAUAUCUUGCUUUCUCUCGUUAUAUGCAAACGCGUACUGCUUAAUUAUAUCAGAAAUGGAUUGGUCUUAGAAACAUUUAAAACGUAAUUAUUUUUGACAUUAAACACUUUAUUAAAUGUUGUAAUGAUAUCAAUAUUACUAUAUUGUAAUACAAAGGUACAAAAAGAUUAAAUAAACGAACUUAUUGAUUGCUAA